GAACUCAGGGCCUGGGCACUGCUGGAUGAAGAUGAGACGGUACAAGCUCUUCCUCAUGUUCUGUAUGGCCGGCCUGUGCCUCAUCUCCUUCCUGCAUUUCUUUAAGACUCUGUCCUACGUCACCUUCCCCCGCGAGCUGGCCUCCCUCAGCCCCAACCUCGUGUCCAGCUUCUUCUGGAACAAUGCCCCGGUCACCCCGCAGGCCAGCCCGGAGCCGGAGGGCCCCGACCUGCUGCGCACCCCGCUGUACUCGCACUCGCCCCUGCUGCAGCCGCUGCCCCCGAGCAGGGCCGCGGCGGCCGCCGAGGAGCUACACCGCGCGGACUUCGUGCUGCCCGAGGACACCACCGAGUAUUUCGUGCGCACCAAGGCCGGGGGCGUCUGCUUCAAGCCCGGGACGAAGAUGCUGGAGAAGCCGCCGUCGUCGUCAUCAUCGUCGUCGGGGCGGGCGGAGGAGAAGCCCGCCGGUG